CCGAUACAAGAAAUAAGACAAUGCCAUUUACUGCUGAGCAAAGCCCUAAAGGAUACCAACUCAGUAUUCAUGAUCCAGCUGACCUGCACAUUCAUGAAUCUGUUCAUCCACGCUAUAGUAAACCCGAGUUUCAUCAUCGACUCCUUCGUUCAGUCGAGGAACUCGUACUUGGCCACCAUCUCAAUGUUAAUUCAACUCUUGUGGUUUCUAUUCUCACUCACUUCUCUGGUUUCUAUCACCUGGACUUGCACGUAUACUACUUAUCACGGUAAAAGAUCUGCCUUCUUCAUCAGCAACCUCCUCAGUUUGGACUUACCAUCAGUCUACCGAAAACAAGUCAAAAGUGCACUGCUACAAGUGUGUGGCAACACUGUGGAGUUUACUAUCCAGGAUUUCUUCAAGAUUGAUAUAAAGAUUAUCACAUCUUUUGCAGGAAUGGCGCUUACUUACCUCAUUGUCAUCCUUCAGUUUGACAGCGCCACCCCUCAUAAGAAGCCAACGAGUUAGAAAACACGGCACAGCUAUAUCUACUACGGUGUUUGUAAUGUGUACGUAGCUGAUAAUUUAGAUAGCGUAU